UCGCCCAUGGCGCAUUCAGGUGCUGUCGGAAACAAUGCAAUUCUCUCGCACGGUGGAUUUCUGUGGGAUUUAUAUGAGGCCAAUCAGGGACAGCUCCAAGCUAUUUAUAUGUGUGACGAGUGGGAAAUCACACACCUGUUACCCAUCAGGCACGCAAAGGCAUACACAUUCAGAAGAAAUGAAGUUCGUUGUGCUGCUCUGUUUUGUACUGCUGCUUUCAGUGGUGGCUCUUUGCGCAAACAGUGAUCCACAUGUUCAAGAUCGACUCAUGGAGCCUGCCUGUGAGAGGUAUGCACACGGCGUUUGCUCCAAGGAGCUGGAUCCGGUAUGUGGCAGUGAUGGACAUACCUACGCCACUGAGUGUGUUCUCUGCGAGGAAAAUAGAAUGAAGAUGAAGAAAGUGAAAGUGGCACAUAAGGGAUGGUGUCGUCAGUAACUGAAUGUGGUACACGUUGCUGUGUCAUCCUAUUACUGAAAACACACCUUCUCAAUAAAACUAUCAACAUUUACCCUGAA